ACUACCCAAGCCGCCUAACGUUGAAAGUUGGACGCGCUGUUUUUAGUAGUAAACAUGCGCCGUGUUCUGUGAUAGACGCGCACAGAGAAGAUAGAAGCGUACAAACAUCCCUUCACACAAACGUUACCAUGUGAAAUGGUUGAUCGCGAUUUCUGGGAGACACUAUCAUUUGGAAUACGUCUCGUUCGCCUUAGAUCAGCACAAGACGCGGGCGAGACUGGGCUGGAGGCAGAGAUCGCUGAGAAUGAGAGGGCAAGGGUUGAACGAAAUCGUGUUAAGAAUACUGAGUGUACGAGAAGGUAUCGGCAAAAAGCCUCGGCAGAAUUAGCAGAGCUUCGAGAGCGCGCAAGGCAAGGCCAGCUUCCGAGUAGUGAUGCCGAACGUUUAGAGGAGCUUCAGUAUCGGCGCAGACAAGAGGUGGCGCGAAAGCGACUCAGCAAUAGCCAGAGGAGUAGGCGAAUCCAGACUCCACGGCCAAAGCAGGCGCUUUCCAAUUUGUCUCCUAGUGCUGCGGAUGCACAAGCAGGAUCUUCAGCAUCUUCUAUGACAGCGCCGAACGCCUUAUUAUCCAUUCAAAGCAGUUCUUCAAUUCUCCACGCUUCGCCGGCGAUUGACGCUCUUCCUCUCGCCUCUUCGACGGCAGAGCAGCAGCGCCACGAUGCGCAGGCUGUGGAGCCUCCUCUGUCUCAUGCCUCUGCAUAUUGCACAGGCACGCAACAUGUCUCAAGCUCGGUGGCUGUUGGGCUAGGGAGUCAUGUCAAUGUGUCAUCUAUCGGCACAGAAAAAUCGUAUCCUGGAAGGCAUGUACAAGAUGCCCAGCCUGUAGCAUCAUCAGGGAGGGACACACCAAACUCAAAUGAUGCACAAGCAUCUCAGUCGCUCAAGCGCCCCGCUACUGCCCUAUUAAAGCCUUCUGUGGCAUUUGCGAGCCAACGUGCUCCUCCCAACAAGAGGCAAAAGAUGGAGAGGGCGAAACCUUCUGGUCGUUUCACAGGCCUACAGUCUCCACCAGAUGCACAUUUAUCGAUUAUGGAGGGUGUCACCAUCAACGGACAUGCUCCUCAGGCAUCAGCAGCACUGCCGAAUGGUCAUGUUGACUUGCAGACUGAAAGAAAGAACACGAGCCAACAAGAGUCAUCUGAUGCCAUUUAUGAUGGACCGCGGAUGGCGAGGCUUGAGAAUGAACUUGGGCAGAUGCAAGAACGACUGGCCGGUAUCUUGUAUGAGCAAAGCAAGAAACACCAAGCUGAUAUGGAGCAACUCGAGGGCCGCUUGUCAAGAUCAUAUCAACUACAGCUGGAAGGGAUCGAAGCCAGAUUGGACGCUCGAUUUAAUGUACGGCUGGAAGAGAUGGAAGCGAGGUUGGAAGCCCGAUAUGAAGAAUCUCAAACACGGUUGCUCAAAGUAUUUGAGGCGAAGCUGCUUGCUAUCACCCGAAAUGCUAACGCUACUGCAUCCAAGCCGACGCGGAAUGGAACGAGCAAGGGUAUUCGAAAGGAUGUCCCCUCACAACCGGCAUUCUAGUGACAUGUUGUCCACAUGCUCAGGCUCGUCCGUUGACUAGUGGGGAUGGCGAGGCUUCAAAGAGCCACGGCGGCGAUCGUACACCAUGUCUGUGCCAGGAACACUCCUACUGUCAACAGACGAACAUCAAUGACUGAUGAAAGGCGUGCUUGCACAAGAGCAUGUUAUUUGCUGCAACAAGAAGGUGUUGGUACAAGCAGUCCAUGUAAGGAAGUGCAUUUUAGCCCCUUGUCAAGUCAGUUUGGAUCCAGCCUGGUUGAUCCAGAUACAGUUUGAUAGGUUGACU